CGCCGAGGCCGCGGCGGGGCCGGGAGCCCGCUGACAGACAUGGUGUUUGUUCCGACUUCCCCUUGGAAACCUCCAGCUCUCCCUCAGGCACCCUAGACACUUCCCGGGUCCCAACGGAAGGCCAUACCCAUGCCCCGUGUCCCCAUUCUGUCCCGGGAGUGAAACCGAGCCGCCGGGCGCUGUCCCAGCCCAGCGGGAGCGGGGAAUGCCCGGGCCCGCCCGGAGGCCGCGUUCCGCGCCUGCGCCCGCUCUGGCCUGGGUCCCGGAGAGAGAGCCGCCUGGCGGGCUCGGCUCGGGGAAGGCAGCCGUAGCCUGGGCCUCGGGUGAGGGCACUGUAACCGGUGGGAAGGCUGCGUUUUCACGAAGGACUCGGGUGAAGCUGCAGAGCUGCCUUUCAGCCCUGACUCCUUGCUUCCUGGGUCGGAGGAGAUCUUGUAAUGGAGUGGUUCUUCGUCUCACACUAACAAGAUGCCUGAUUUCCUCAGGACCGAGGGAUUAAAGAAUGUCACGGGUUCCACUGGGGAAAGUCCUCCUGAGGAAUGUCAUCCGGCAUACAGAUGCUCACAAUAAGAUUCAGGAGGAGUCUGACAUGUGGAAAAUCAGAGAACUAGAGAAGCAAAUGGAGGAUGCUUACCAAGGGACAAGAAGGAACACGGUACCCAGCAGCUCAAGUCGGAUGAGAAGUGAUGGUUUUGAUGAAGAAAGUCAGAGAGACUACUGGAGGCCAAAGAAUGAAAUUUCUGGGGCCCUAGAAGAUGAUUUUCUUAAGGCAAAAUCCUGGAACAAGAAGCUAUAUGAUUAUGAAUCCAACAUGCCAGACAGAUGGGGUCACAGUGGUUAUAAAGAGUUGUAUCCUGAAGAGUUUGAAACAGACAGUGACCAGCAAGACAUUACCAAUGGGAAAAAAACAUCUUCCCAGGCGAAAGCAUCUUCCCGGGAAUCCCGAAAACAUAAGAAGUCAAAGAAAUCCCAUAAAAAGAAGCAGAAAAAACGGUCCCACAAAAAACAGAAGAAAAACAAAAAGGAAGCUAUGGACAUAACAGCAGAUUCCUCAAGUGAGUUCUCAGAAGAAACUGGAACUUGUAGUACCAGGAAAAGGAAACAACCACACAAGAGCAAGAAAAAAUCCAGGAAAAAGUCUAAAAAAUCUUUAUCUUUGGAAGGAGAAAGGGCUACUUCCCAGUCAGAUGAUUCAGCAACUAGCAGCUCUGAGGAAAUGGAGGAAAGAGACACUAAGAAAACCAAACGGAAAAAGAAAGAGACAAGUGUUCAUGUUCCUGUGGCUAACCCUGAAGUACAGGAGAGGACGAGCAAGCGCAGGAAUUGGAAAGUGGCUACCGAUUCGAGGUCUGCUGAGAGCUCAGAGGAUGACUAAGUGGGAAAGUCACAGUCUUGCUUCCCACGGACGCUGGUUGUCUGCAGCUCUUAAUAAUGGGGGUUUGCCAGUGACUCCUUCACAGGAGUCUGAGGUCCGAGGUUGGAGGUCAGAGUUGCCCUGCCACAGAUGCCCCUUUUCCUAUUUUGGAUUGUUAAUCUCCACCCCCUUUUGUUGUUAAUAGGGAAUCUGGUAUUUUGUUAAGGUUUCUUGAAGAGAUUAUUUUUUGCAAUUAAUCACUUAGGGUAGAAUACCUAGACAUCAAAUUAAAGAACCCAGAAAGCUGAAAUCAGUAAUGAUCUGGGCACACCAAUUGGAAUGUUGGAUUUGGGGGAAUCAAGGGUCUGGGAUGAAGAAGGAGGAUUAAAAUAGUGCUAGAUAGAACAGUUUGACAAGGAAACAAUUGCUAUUUAUACAGGAGGUAUCCUGACUUCAGCUUUGGUGCUUUGUUCUAUAGUUGGGCCCUACAGGUAUCUAAUUUACUUAGUGGGAAAAUGGGUAUAAGAACAAACCUUUUCCCUUCAUAGUAAGAUCCACAGAUGACUGCUACUGAACGUAGGGUUUUCUGCCUAAUUUCCCUGCUGGUCAGGGUCUACAGCUACAUUUAAUAUAACCCAGGCAUAACAGUAACUGGAUAGUAGUUGGUUUUCUAGUUCCAUUGCAUUAUAUUGCCUAAAAUGGGCUAGUGUUUGAAAUUAUUUAAAUGUUCAGUUGUCCUAUCUAUCAAAUGGAAAGAAUUAGUCACGUUGCCAAUAAUGCUUUCAAAGAGAUUCAGGGCAACAGCCAUCUAAGUGUCUUUUUUUUUUUUUUUUUUUUUUUUAACCAAGUUGUGGAUUGAAUUUAAGGCCUUGCAUAUACUAGGCAAGUGCUCUACCACUGAGCCAUACCCCAGCCCUGUUGUUUUCCUUGUUCAUUUCUAAUUCUAUUAAUGAAUUUUAGACUUUCCCUGAAACCAGUUGAAUCAAUUCCAAAAUGAAACUUCUCAGGGACAUACUCGCCCUUCUUCCCAGUCUGACUUGUGUUAUGAUUAUCAAGAACGUAUUAUUUCUCCCUGCUAUACUGUGAUCCUGAUAUUAAAAGAAACCAAAAUACCACUGAAAAGUGGCUGGUAGAACAGUUAGUUGACUUUUCAUUAAGAGGAAAGGUAAAGUGACAUUGUCAGGGUUUUUGUUUUGAGGUUGUCACUUUUGGUACUGAGUAGAAAGCACAAAAACUCAGACCUAAGACUGUGGGGGGGGGGUCAUGGUUCUGCCACUAAUUGAGUUUUAGAGCAGGUUAAGUUAACCUCCCUGGCCUUACUUUUUGCAUGUGUAAUACAAAAAUACUUCAUGGUUAGCAUGACAGACACCAGCAAUAGAAUACUACUAUGCUGACAUCCCAUGAAGUGGCAUUUUAUAGUUUUAACUAAAUUUGUGCUCUUUAUGGAACAUACUUCUAAUAAAGUGCUUGUUUUUAAAAUA